AUGGCGUCGUCAAAGAGAAAUGCGAAAGUUCGACCCAAGAAAAAGCGGAUGACGGAACGAAUAUCGCGUCCCAAUAUCCGUUCUCGCGUUAGAUCAACGCGCCGUAAACGCGCAAACACUCCGCAUCGACAACAGCCAUACGAUUCCGUCAGUAUACCCCAACUGGUCUACGAGCUUCUCACUAUCGAUAAGUACAAUCAAGAAGCGAAACGCUUUCAAUCCCCGGAACGCUUCAGGACACCCCGUCGAAAAAUACAGAAAUAUUACGAGCGGCAAAGGCUUCCGUUCGAGGUGGUCGACCGCGGUGAUAGCCCGGAAUCCGUUCAAGUGCCCGAGUACGCGAUGGAAUCUAGACCCACGUCCAUUGAAAGUCUCACGGAGUCGAUGGAUGCUGCAAAUAACUCGGCGUCUACGAGUUCCGCGAACAGCAGCGCGUCUAAUAUCUCAAUGAAGCCAAUUGCGUUAGCCAAUUCGCUCAACAGCGCUAGAGCGCUCUUCAAAAAGAAGUCCUUGGUGCAGCUCAUAAACAAUUACAUCAAGGCUGGCAUCGAGGAAGGAAAGCGACAGGCGAAAAAAUACAUCCGCAAGGCGCUGUCAUUUGGCGUGAAAUCGGGUUACCUGAUCCCGGCCGAUCGACAAGGUAACGUGCUCCAUGUGUGCCCGACCCUGGACACGGGAUCUUGGAGCACGAGACAAGCCGACGUCGAAUCGCGACAAAGACGACGCAUCGCGCGACGAGGGGAGACGCGGCCGACGACGAUCGGCGACCGGAAAGCGAUGCGUCGCGGAAUUUCGCGAGGUAAGCCGCGUCAUGACGUAGACCAAGAGCAGAUGAGAUCCAAGAGAAGAUAUUUCGUUCAAAGUCCUGCCAGGAGUUUGAGCGCAAGAGAAAGCAACCAAAAAAAAUCGCCCGACAAAUCGACGCUGCGCGAAAAAAACAAGCCAAAAACUGUCGCAAAAAAAAAGAGCAAAAUCAACGAUACGGUCAACAAUAAGCGGGGACACCAGCGGAAAAGAAGCGAUGAAGAUGUCAGAAAACCGGUCAAACGACGUCGCACGGCUUCGUCUUCGAACAAUCGCGCUGAGAACAAUCAGUUUGAACCAAUCGAGGAAAGUUGUAUGUACGCGAACGACGAAGAUCGUGAUCAGUAUAAAGACAAUGAAGAUAAUCGUGCGACAAUUACUGAGAGACGGAAGUCGACGUCGAGUCAAGAAGACGAAUCGAGAAUGGAGAAACAGGAGGCCGGGACGAGUAUCGACGACGAUCGCAAAAAUGUAGAGCGCAAGAACGCCGCGGACGAUGACGACGACGACGAUGACGACGACGAAAAGUUUGAUGAGGCGAGUGUCGAGCAUAACACGAACGGCCCGAUCAGAGAAAUGGAUGCUUAA